AUGCCUGCUUACGAACUCCGAUCGGGUGGUGAUGUCAAGAACAAGAAGCAGAGUGUGGCUGACCUCAAAUACCGUCGCUUGACUGAGCUCAAUGCCCGCCUGAAGGAGGAUCUCGACCGUCCGCGUGUCAAGGUUUCCGAAGCGGCUCUCUCGCUGAUCAACUACUGCAAUAACACUCGCGACUUCAUGGUUCCAUCUGUAUGGGGACAGGUCGACAAGCGAGAGGACCCCUACGCUCCUCAGCAACAGGGAGGUUGCUGUACCGUCAUGUAA